AUGUCCGGGCAAUGGGAGAAGCACCCGAGGAAAUUCGCUGAAGUGACCAUCCGACCUCUUCGUAGGUCCCAGCUCGAGCCCAGCAUGCGUCUAUCCGGACUCUUCUCAGUCCUCCUUCUUGGCCUGAGCAACCUCAUCCAAGUCUCAGCAACCGACAACGGAAAAACAACAGACGUCACCUGGGACAAAUACAGUCUCUCAGUAAAAGGCGAACGAGUCUUCAUAUACUCCGGCGAAUUCCACUACCAGCGUCUCCCGGUGCCGGAACUAUGGCUGGACGUUUUUCAAAAACUUCGCUCGAAUGGGUUCAAUGCUGUUUCGAUCUAUUUCUUCUGGAGCUUCCACUCCGCCUCGGAAGAUGUCUUUGACUUUGAAAACGGCGCCCACGAUAUCCAGCGCGUCUUCGACUACGCAAAACAAGCCGGUCUAUACGUCAUAGCCCGCGCAGGACCCUACGUGAACGCAGAGACCUCGGCCGGUGGCUUCGCGCUCUGGGCAGCAAACGGACAAAUGGGCAGUGAACGAACAAGCGCCGAAUCAUACUACUCAAAAUGGUACCCCUGGAUAAUCAAGAUCGGCGAAAUAAUCGCGAAGAACCAGAUCACGAAUGGCGGGCCCGUCAUUCUGAACCAGCACGAGAACGAACUGCAAGAGACGACGCACAGCGCAGACAACACGCUGGUCAAAUACAUGGAGCAAAUCGCCGACGCAUUCAGCGAGGCUGGAAUCGUGGUCCCAAGCUCGCAUAAUGAGAAGGGUAUGCGGUCCAUGAGCUGGUCAACCGAUUACCAGGAUGUCGGCGGCGCGGUCAAUGUCUACGGACUGGAUAGUUACCCGGGUGGUCUAUCCUGCACAAACCCGGACUCAGGCUUUAACCUCGUCCGCACUUAUUACCAAUGGUUCCAGAACUACUCCUACACGCAGCCGGAAUAUCUGCCCGAAUUUGAAGGCGGUUGGUUCCAGCCCUGGGGUGGGUAUUUCUAUGAUACCUGUGCGGCGGAACAGUCUCCCGAGUUCGCGGACGUGUAUUAUAAGAAUAACAUCGGGUCUCGCGUUACGCUGCAGAAUCUGUAUAUGGUUUUCGGCGGGACGAAUUGGGGCCAUUCGGCGACGCCGGUUGUGUAUACUUCGUAUGAUUAUGCGGCGCCGUUGAGGGAGACGAGGGAGGUUAGGGACAAACUUAAGCAGACGAAGCUUUUGGGGCUGUUUACGCGGGUUUCGGGGGAUUUGUUGAUGACGGAGAUGGAGGGGAAUGGGACUGGGUAUACGAGUGAUGCGAGUGUUUUUACUUGGGCGUUGAGGAAUCCGGAGACGGAGGCUGGGUUCUAUGUUCUUGCUCAUUCGAAGAGUUCGUCUCGUGAUGUUACUACUACGUCGUUGAAUGUUAAUACUACUGCGGGUGCUAUCACGAUCCCGGAUAUCGAGCUGGCUGGUCGACAAAGCAAGAUCAUAGUGACUGACUACACAAUCGGCAAGACAUCCAGCCUGCUCUACUCAUCUGCCGAGGUCCUAACCUACGCAACUCUUGACGUCGAUGUGAUUGUGUUCUACUUGAAUAUCGGCCAGCAAGGAACAUUCGUAUUCAAAAACGCUGCUAAAGGACUUACCUUCCGGACAUAUGGAAACUCGAAUGUGACCUCCUCUUCAUCCGAGUAUGGUACCAAGUAUACCUACACACAAGGUGACGGAUCGACAGUCCUCAAAUUCUCUAAUGGAAACCUGGUCUACCUCCUUGACAAAGAAACGGCGUGGAACUUCUUUGCUAUUCCAACAUCUUCCAACCCGAAUGUUUCGCCAAGUAAGCAGAUUCUGGCCUUGGGACCGUACUUGGUUCGAUCUGCAUCUGUCGAGAAGGAUACUGUCAGCUUGAUCGGUGAUAAUGCGAACACGACAUCAAUAGAAGUCUACCCCGGAUCUUCCAAAGUCACAAAAAUCAAAUGGAACGGCAAGUCCGUCUCAACCAGAAAGACAUCCUACGGCAGCUUAAUCGCCUCAGCACCAGGCGCCGAGAACGCGAAGGUCUCCCUACCAGCCCUCAAAUCAUGGCGCUCACAGGACACUCUGCCCGAGAUCCAGCGCAACUACGACGACUCCCGCUGGACAAUCUGCAACAAGACCACGACCGUCAACGCCGUCGCACCCCUCUCCCUCCCAGUCCUCUACUCCGGCGACUACGGCUACCACUCCGGCACAAAGCUCUACCGCGGCCGCUUCGACGGACGCACCGCAACUGGCGCAAACAUCACCGUGCAGAACGGCGUAGCCGCCGGCUGGGCCGCUUGGUUAAACGGAAAAUAUGUGGGCGGCGCACUAGGAUCGCCGAGUCUGGCAACAACAUUUGCCGAGCUAGAAUUCAACACCUCGACCCUCGUUGAUAAGGACAAUGUCCUCACCAUCGUAACGGAUUACACCGGCCACGACGAGAAUAACGUCAAGCCAGCCGGAACGCAGAACCCGCGCGGGAUCCUAGGCGCAGUACUCGUCGGCGGCAACUUCACAUCCUGGCGUAUUCAAGGAAAUGCCGGCGGCGAGUCGAAUAUCGAUCCUGUCCGCGGCUCGCAGAACGAAGGUGGUCUCUACGGCGAGCGUCUCGGUUGGCAUUUACCGGGGUACAAUGUGCCCAAGAGCGCGGGCAAAGAAUCACCCCUGGACGGCGUGUCUAAUGCUGCGGGCCGUUUCUACACGACGACUUUCAAGCUGGAUCUGGAGAAAGAUCUAGGACGUGCCGAUUGGGUUGCAGCUUGGGGCGGCGGCGAAUACAUCGGCUGUGGUGCAGAUCUUUAUGAAUGGACGCUAUUCCCUUUCCCGCCGGGGAUCAUCAAUAAUCGUGGGGAGAAUCGGUUGGCGGUUAGUCUUUGGGCAUUGACGGAUGGUGGGGCGCAGUUGGAUCGGGUUGAACUUGUGGCGUAUGAGAAGUAUCGGAGUGGGUUUGAUUUUGAUGUGGAUUGGGGGUAUUUGCAGCCCAAGUGGAAGAAUAAUCGGGGGGGAGUCAUAGCUCCCUGGUGGAUCUGGGGAAAACCUUGGAAGUUGAAAGCUCCAGAAUCAAGGCGGGUCGUGACGGGAGAGUCUGUGCUGCCCAACGUGACCGUUACCACUUCCCCCCACCGCCAUUUGCACGCGCUAUUCAAUCGCGUCUUUCUCUUUUGUUUUGUUUUGUUCUUUGUUCAACAUUAUAAUCACAUACCAACCAUGGCUCGCCAGUCCAGUGUCGACCUCGACUCGCCCGAUCGGCCCUUUGACAAUAUCAUCAACUUCCGUGACGUCGGGAGAACGAUUAACCAGUUCUGCGGUUCUUCAAUCUUAAAAGAAGGCGUCUUAUUCCGAAGUGCAAGACUCGACGAUGCCUCCGAACGAGAUAAGCGCCGACUGGCCGAGGAACUACACAUCAAAACAGUGAUUGAUUUACGAUCCCAAACAGAACACCAAAUGGCAACCCGCAAACGACGCGCCGAGAACGCCACCUCCGAAGACACACAAGACGGCCCUAACAACAACGACUUCACACCUUCAUCCGUGCCCCUCGACACAGAAGAACACCUCCUUCAAAUCCCAGACUCACACCGCGCCCUCAUCAGUCUAACAGGCAAGGGCUUUGAGCGCGCCUUAUUAUCCAAAUUGGACUGGAUGACCUACCUAAAAGUUCUCAGCCUCGCCAUAUCAGGCUACCGCCCCGACGCAGUCCGCCUAAUCGGCGAACAAGUAAUGCAACCCCGCGGCCUAACAGGCCUAGCCCAAGACACCCUCACAUCCAGCACCGCCGAGAUCCGCGCCGUCUUCGACCUCCUCUCCUCAUCAACCACCUACCCCGUCCUAAUCCACUGCACACAAGGCAAGGACCGAACGGGUCUAAUAAUUCUCCUCGCCCUCCUCCUCGCCAGCGACUCGUCUAUCCCCCUCCCCGCACUAACGGACGACUACGUCCGCUCGGAACUAGAACUCGUCCCCGAAUUCGAAGAGCGGAUGAAGGAGAUUCGGGCGCUGGGCCUGGGCGAGGAUUACACGCGGUGUCCGCCAGGGUUUGUCGACGAUACGAUGGCGUUUUUGAAGGAGAGGUUUGGGGGUGUGAGGGGGUAUUUGGGGAGUGUGGGGAUUAAUGAUGAUAUGCAGGAACUUAUUCGACAGAUGAUUUUGGCUUGA